AUGUCAUAUGAAGAUAGAUCAACACAACCUAAGAAAUAUGUUGGUUUUGAUACCAUCACCACUCAAAUAGAAAAUAGAUUAUUAAAAAGAGGAUUUCAAUUCAAUAUUAUGGUUGUUGGUAGAUCAGGAUUAGGUAAAUCAACACUUGUUAAUACACUUUUUUCAUCAAAAUUAAUUCAAAGUAAUGGUAGAAAAUCAGUUUAUGAACCAAUUGAAAAAACAACAGAAAUAAAAGUUACUCAACAUACAUUAUUAGAAAAUAAUGUUCGAUUAAAUAUAAAUGUUAUUGAUACACCUGGAUUUGGAGAUCAAAUAAAUAAUGAAAAAUGUUGGGAACCAUUAGUUAAAUAUGUUAAAGAACAACAUUCACAAUAUUUAAGAAAAGAAUUAACUGCACAAAGAGAUAAAUUUUUAUUGGAUACAAGAGUUCAUUGUAUAUUAUAUUUUAUACCACCAAAUGGUCAAAAAUUAAAACAAUUAGAUAUUCAAGCUUUAAAAAAAUUAAGUGAAAUUGCUAAUGUUGUACCAAUUAUUGCAAAAUCAGAUUCUUUAACUUUGGAAGAAAGAGAUGAAUUUAAAAAAUUAUUACAACAAGAAUUUAUGAAAUAUAAUUUUAAUAUUUAUCCUUAUGAUUCAGAAGAAUUAUAUGAUGAAGAAAGACAAUUAAAUGAAGAUAUAAAAUCUUUAAUUCCAUUUGCAGUAGUUGGAUCAGAAAAUGAAGUUGAAAUUAAUGGUAAAAAUGGUCAAGAAUUUAUAAGAUGUAGAAAAACAAAAUGGGGAUUAAUUAAUAUUGAAGAUGUUAGUCAAUGUGAAUUUGUAUUUUUAAGAGAUUUUUUAACAAGAACUCAUUUACAAGAUUUAAUUGAAACAACAAAUUUAACACAUUAUGAAACUUUUAGAUCAAAACAAUUAAUUGCUUUGAAAGAAAAUGCAAGUAAUCCAAAUAGGCAAUCACAAAUUAAUCAACAAGCAGUACACUAA